AUGGAAUCAAAGAUUAUUGUGAUCACAGGUGCAUCAGAUGGAAUUGGAAAGUAUACAGCUUUGCAAUUAGCAAAACAAGGUCAUACAAUCAUUAUCCAUGGAAGAAGUCCAGAAAAGACGAAAGCUGCUUCAGAAGAAAUCAUCAACGAGACAGGAAACAAGAAUGUUAAAUACUAUCUUGCAGACUUCCUCGACUUCACAUCAAUCAAAGAAUUUGCCGAAACUCUUAAACGCGAGUAUGAUCAUAUUGAUGUUCUCAUCAACAAUGCUGGUGCUCAAUUUGGCAGUAACCGCGAAACAACACGUGAUGGUCAUGAGAAAACAAUGAUGGUUAACGUAUUUGCGCCAUUCUUAUUGACAAAUCUCCUUUUGCCUUCUCUCAAGAAGUCAAAAUCAGCAAGAGUUGUAACUGUUUCUUCUGCAUCACAUAACAUGGGAGGAGAGCCUCCUCUUGAUGACAUAGAACUUGAGAAAUCAUAUUCAAUGCCAAGAUCAUAUGGAUUUUCGAAACUUUAUGUUAUCUGGGUCAUGAGACAUUUCAUUAAAUAUGCCAAUGAGAAUGGCAUUAAUAAUAUUACAUUCAAUUGCGUUCAUCCAGGAUCCACAAAUACAAGUCUUGGCCGCGAGUCAACAAAGAGUUGGCUUUGGUGGAUUAUCUAUAUGCUUUGGAAACCAAUGAUGAAUUCAAUGGAAGAUGCAGCACGUCCAAGUAUUACAUGUGCAACAUCAGGAGAUCUUGAAGGAGUAACAGGAAAGUACUAUGGACCAAAGGGUGAGGACACAGUAUAUGAAAAAUACUACACCGUCGAAAAUGAACAAAAAGUUUGGGAUUAUUGCAUGAACAUUACAAAACAAUAUUUGUAA